UCAGGAGGUCCUGACAACAUGUGCCCAAGGUGGUCGGGGAACAGCUUGGUUUUAUACAUUUUAGGGAGACAGGAGACAUGAGACACCAAUCAGUAUGCGGAAGAUGAACAUUGGUCCAGCCCAGAAAGGCAGUACAACUCGAAGUGUGAGGCUUUCAGAUUAUAGGUAGAUUUUAAAAUGUUCUGAUUGACAGUUUGUUGAAAGAGUUACUAUCAACACAAAGGAAUGUCUGGAUUAUGAUAAGGGGUUGUGGAGACCAAGGAUUUACCAUGCAGACGAAGCCUCCAGGCAGCAGGCGUCAGAGAGAAUAGACUGAAAUGUUUCUCAUCAGACUUAAAAGAGUCUGUUCUAUCAGCAAUUCCAAAAAGGAAGAGGGUAUCAUGAGGCAUAUCUGGCUCCCCCUCCCCGUCACAACCGGAACUAAUUUUUCAGGUUAACGUUGGAAUGCCCUUGGCUGAGAGGAGGGGUCCAUUCAGAUGGUCGGGAGCUUAGAAUUUUAUUUUUGGUUUACAGAUGUGUGUUACCGUGUCUUCCUCUGUCCUUCCAGUCCCCUAACCUCUCCUGCUUUUUAUCUCUUUACCUUUAUGUGCUGCAUCCUGGGUCAUUUCUUCAGUGCUAUUUUACUGUUCACUAAUUCUCUCUUCAGCUCUAUCUAUUAAUACUUGAUUAGUUAACUCACUCAUUUAGUUUUAAAUUUUAAUGAUGACAGUUUUGUUUCUUCAAGUUCCAUUUGGAUCAUUCAGAUCCAUGUGACACUUCUGAUAGUUAUUAAUAAUAACAGCAGAGACAUCUGUCUCCGUUCUUCCUUACCCUUGUUCCAGGGAGAGCGUAGGCUCUUCUAAUGCCUCUUUGGCAGAUGGGAAGCUAAGGCACAGGGAGGCUGAGGAAGCCACCAGGGUUGUACAGUCACUAAGUGGCAGGACCUGGCGGCCACUAGCUCCAGCUUCACCCUGGAUGACCUCUCUUGUUUCUUCAAGUGUCCUUCACAUGUGUUUUGGGUCAGUACCUGAUUUUCCUACAAUUGAGGUCUUUCCGGGACUUACUCCCGCUACCCAUGGUCCUUGAUUGUGACUUGAUGUCCAUCCUUCUUGUGGAUGUUAUUUUGAGGUUCAUAGCGUGUUUCUCUAGAGAAGGUUUUUGCUGGUUUCUGCCUGGUGCUGGGAGGUGCUGCCUGGGACACACCUAUGUUUGCAGGUGCCAGGGAUGCUCGUCAGGCCUCAUGGGUUGUCUGAAUUCUCCCCAAACCAUUGCGAGUGGUCUGUGAUUAUGAGUUUUGAGGGGCAUCCUCUCUCGAUUUGACCCCUUCUAGCCAACAUGAAGCCCAGGCCCGGACAUGUCCCUUGCAGGCCUGUCUUCUGGCUUCCCCUGCCAAGGGAGCUACAGCUGCUCCCACACACGCUCACAGGGACAGUGCAGUGGGUAAGUGGCAGUGCAGGUGGCUGUCCCCAGGACAGGCCCUGGGUUCCAGGCUGCCUUUCGUGUUUGAUUCGCCCUGCCUUGAAUUCUUGUCUUUGGAGUAUAUUCCUCACUCUUCAGCCAGCUCAGCCCUGAGUAUAAUUAGACGUCUCUAAAAGUGCGUGUGCCAUAUUGCCAGGCGUGAAGGCUUUUCUGAAUCUUCCUGUCACCAGUGCUGUACAUUGGCUUUCUUUCGAGGCCGUUAUUUUCAUAAGAAACUUUCUGUGUCCGUAACUUCCAGCAAAGAAUCUGGGAUAUCUGGGGGUCUGGAAGUGCUAAGGGCUUGACCAGCUGUGUUUGUGAAGUGGCAUGGAAAACUGGGAUGAUUCCUGUCGUCCUAACCUCUCGUGAGGUUAGGAAGAGUCCAGCCUUCGAUAUCAGUGCUCAGUGGGACGGCCAGCCCCCGACUGGAGGAGCAGGCUUGUGGGCAGCGUGGGGAUACUUGGUUCUAAUCCAGAUCUUCACACUCUUUGGGGAGGAGACCGUUUCUAGCAAGUGAGCAUCCCUUGGGUUUCUCCUCAAAGCCCCUUCUAAAAUUAGUCCCUGGCUGCUGCAGGGACAUUUACAUCAGCGCAUUUUGUCAAGUACUUUUGUUGCUUUCCAUUAAGAGCAUAUUUAAAAAUAUGAAAUGAAUUCAGGCAGAAGCCAGUCUGUGCCUCUGAGAACAUCUGUGUGCUGGUGAGAGGCAGAGACUGGGCAGUGGAUAGCAGGCCGCAGCUUCCUCCUCUGCCACCUCGGAACGCCCCCAGGGAGGCACGGGACAGAGCCCAAGCCUGAGUGAAGCUCCCUGGCUGGGGGCACACCCUGCGCCAGGCUGGCCACCUUGACUCCUUGCUCUGCAGGCUGCACCCCACGCCUCAUCUGCCUCCUGUCAGCAGCCAGUGAGAGGAGCGUGGGGCCUGACAGCAUUGCCGGCCUCCUGGCUGGCCGCCCCCACAGUGCCGAGCUGGGGCGGUCUUCAGAGGCUCCGGGUCUCCCUCUGCAGAUGAAGACAUUGGGGGAACGUGGCCUGCCCACAGUCAGCAGGCUCCCCUCUCCGUGUACCAGGCUAGUCUGCCGGUGCCAUGGCAGCUGGGCCACCACCACAUUCUGCCCUCAGUGCUGUGAUGCCGUCGAAGGGCAUGCCUUGGAGGACCCACAGGAAGACCAACUUCAUAUCCAUGGGACACGCUGUCAGCAAUGCCACAGACCUUGUUCUGGAUGCAGUUUUCCGUUUUUAUGAAGGCAAGCGUGGAUGUUUUCAUUUCGUUGGAUGCAUAGAGGAAAGGAGACGAGUUCUCUGUAGCCCAGCAGCCCAUUCUUAGUGUUUGCUUUAGAAUGGAGGACAGUGAGGGACAUUUUCCUCGUGAAUUUCACCAUCUGGCUUUGGCCUUCUUUCCAACAAUUGAGGAAUAAAGGGCCUAAUGUGGAACUAUGUGGGUGCGUGUCCUGCGUGUGGGCUCCUGGGCCACCGUGGAUGGUGGCACUGGCAGCACCACUGCCAUGCAGUUGGGGGUGGGCAGCAGGCCUCUUGGCAGCAGCUAGUGUCCUUCUCAUCUUCCCUGUCAGGCGCUAGGAGCCCUGGCACCAAGGCUGUGGUGAUGGUACCGGGGUCUCUCAGUUGGGAGGGGCUGCAUUUCCUCUGCAGCACGGGUGGCUGGCUGGCCUGGUGUCAUGCCCUGCCCAGGGGUGCCCCCGCCCACCCCUCCUUCCGGGUUGCGGUGUGGUAGGUGGCACCUUGGUGUCCAGUGCUUUGUGAUGGUGACAGUGAUGUCAGCGCCGAGGUUCCUCAAGUCUAAACUGAGAUGAUCUGGUGUGAUUUUUCUUGGCUUUCAAUUUUUGGGUAAGGCUUUUAGUGGGCAUUCUUCUCUGUCUCCUUUUCCUCAUGUUAGUCUGGGGCCCCAGGGAACCACAGAGCCUCCGCUCUGGGAGGAGCCUUUAGAGAAACCCUUUCUGAGCUCUUCCUUUCACAGGGGAGCGCUCGGAGCCACCGCGUGGGCUGCCCAAGGCCUCUUAGGUCAAGGAGCCUCCUGGCUCCGGUCCACACUUCUCCCUGCCAUGUCCCCGCGAGGAGGCACCGCCCCGUCACUAUUCCAUGGUCAUUGUAACACCUGCCGUUGAAAAGCAUGGGAGCUUCGUGUCAGAAUGUAGUUUAACAUGUAUUGUAACGUUUGCUUAGAACAGAAACUUGAAGUUCUCUAAGAAACGGAGUCCCCAGUGUGUGAUUUUGGAGGGGCUGAGCUGUCGUUUCCUGUCAUGGAUCACAGUGCCCCCCUCCCCCUCACCUAUGAAAUAAUGACAGCGGCCUCCGUUUCUACAAAGUCCUCAGUCGCGGGUGCUGUUUUAUAUCGUAAAUCUGUCAUCUUCAACUGGAUGGUGUAACGCUCGGAUUCUACAUUUCCCGGAUGCUCGGAAAGAAGUGCCAGGAGUUAUGUGUUCUGCGGAUCAGGACAGCUGACGCCGGCUGAGGACACUUCAUCCACUGUUUGCACGGCGCUUGACAAAUGCUACCCAGUCUAACGGUCCGGGUCGGGUGUCUCUGGGCUUGGUGCCUGCUUGUGCCACAUAUCUCAAUGCCAGGCAAGACCAGUGUGCCGGUGACACAGCAGGGGACAUGCGGAGUUCAGACUGCUGAGAGCUCGGAAGGGGCCAGGCCGUCCCCCUGGCCCUGGGGCUGCAGAGCGGGCACCUCACUCCGCGGGGUUGUAAAGUGGAGCUGAUGCUGCUUGACCCCACGAAAGCUCACAGGCCUUUAAGGUGCCUGAUAAUGCUGGAAUGAAACCACAGGUAGCCAAGAAGACCUGCCUGUCAGACUGUGACCGCGCAGAUCUCAGCAGUGUUUAAAAGGUGCUCUUUGCACGCGGUUUUGGAGUUGUGGUGCUGCUCUGGCUUAACAUUAGGGCUCAAGCAGGUUAACGUCAGGGUUCUUUUUCUUAAACGGCCAGCGGCCGUGGUGGUGUUAGUCGUGGCUAACCUGGCACAGGGCAGCAGAGAUCCAGGUGUCAGGCCAGUGAAAAGGUUGAAGCCUCUCACCAGCGCGUCUGUUUUGGAGGGAAGUGUUGGACAUUGCGUGAGGCCCCUCUGCACUCAGCGACCCUGCCCUGUGCUCCCGGGCCCACUUUUGGGUGUGCUUGGUUGGCAUCAGGGUCCUGGCCCUGUCUGUGUUUUGGGGCCUCUAUUUGCUUAUCAUACUUGCGUCAUUGCCUUUACUCCCCGGGGGGGAAAGGAGGGAGAUCCUGAAGCCAUUCAGCCCUGCCAACCUGGGGCCGCCCUUGUGCCUGUGCUGUGCUCUUUCUGCUGGGCAGUCCUGCCCUGUGCAGUCUCAUGGAGGUAGGGCUCAUGGGAGGGGCCUUCCCUCGGCCCCAGCCGUCCUCCCGGAACAUCACUGUCUCACAGACACACUGUGACCAUUUUCUGUUGAACCUACUCUGUGAAACAUUCUCUAUCCUUGGUUCAGGGGAGAGCGAAAUCCAGAAUCUGCUGAACACCAGUGCUGUCACUCAGAGUUGGUGUGUCUGCUGUCUACAGGGCCCUGGACCAGGCUUGAGGGACACCUGGGGCUUCCACCCACAUCCAGGGCAAACCUGACCCCCAAGUCACUGAGAUGUCGGUUUUUCUACUAAUCACGUUGGCUUUGGCCAUUCUGUGUGCUAAUAAGAAGUAUUGUGUUCUCACCUGCACUUGGGCAGAACGGUUCACCCCAAGGCUGAAUGACUGCUGUGGACCAUUCCCCCAGCAGGGCGUCCUGGGGUUUAGUGGUUUGAUUCUGAGCACCUUCACGCACAGAGCCCCUUAGUGGGUUCCCUAACUGGACGGCUGACGCUGCUGUGGAAUCUGACUUUUUCUGGACUGAAGAGGAUGGGCUGCUCUGGAGAAACUCCUUGGGCCUUGUGCCUGAUGCUGGUUCGGGCUGCCCUGGCCACCCUCCCUCCAUGCCCCAUGGGACCAAGUGGCAGCAUAGGAGGGGGCAGCUUCCAGAACACACUUCUGCUAGAGGCUCCUGGCCUCCGUGCUGGCAUGGCCACAUCCAUGGCCUGAGUGUGCAAUUGGAAUGGUUUUAUCAACACCAGUCCUCACAGCUUCCCCAGAUGAGCAAAGGAGAAGGGGAUGGUGUGUGGGGGGAUUGCCCUCCCUUGAGGCCCCCCAGCUCCCAGGAUGCUUGCUGGUGGAGCUCUGCCCGCGGUGGGGGCCAUAUGACUUGACCUCCGUCUUCUCCCUGGGCCCCACACUGGCCCUUGCCGGCAGGAACUCCUGCCCGUCUACAAGGCCAAAGCCUUCUUCCAGGUGCAAAAGUAAAUGCAGGCCAGAGAUAAAUUGUACUUCCCUCAAACUUGGAUGUGGAGUGACAGGAAGGAAGCAGGAGUGGAGCUGAGUGUUAGUGAGAGGUGGCUGAGAAGGCGGGGUCCUGCUUCUUGCUUCCUCGGGCAUUUGCUCUAAGUGCUGGGUUUCAGCCUGGAAUGAUGCAGCCUCUGCACUAAAUUUGAUUUGGUGAACGUUCACGGCCCUGAAUAUAAACAGUGUUCUGGGCGUUCUUUGCGACUCUUGAGCCGAAACACUGUGGUGAUCUCUCGUAUCAUCUGCUUGUUAUGUAAUGUGACAACAUGGAUAUGAAAUAGAAACCAGAUGUCAGGGUGGAGCGGCUGAAUUCUUCCUCAGCGAGCACCGCCGGGAGAGCAGGACUUGGGUUUCUCCUGAGUUACAGCGCCGAACGCCCUCAGAAAAACGCCUUUGGAGCGGUUUCUGGGAUUAAGCGGAAGUCUAGGCUGAAGGUAAAGUACCAAGUCGAUGGACUUUCUGGCCGAGACCAGCCAGUGGAGCUGCUGAAUCCUGCCCGCGUGAACCACAUGCCCAGCACGGUGGAUGUGGCCACGGCGCUGCCUCUACAAGUGGCCCCCUCGGCAGUGCCCAUGGACCUGCGCCUGGACCACCAGUUCUCGCUGCCUGUGGCAGAGCCCGCCCUGCGGGAGCAGCAGCUACAGCAGGAGCUCCUGGCGCUCAAGCAGAAGCAGCAGAUCCAGAGGCAGAUCCUCAUCGCCGAGUUCCAGAGGCAGCACGAGCAGCUCUCCCGGCAGCACGAGGCGCAGCUCCACGAGCACAUCAAGCAACAGCAGGAGAUGCUGGCCAUGAAGCACCAGCAGGAGCUGCUGGAACACCAGCGGAAGCUGGAGAGGCACCGCCAGGAGCAGGAGCUGGAGAAGCAGCACCGGGAGCAGAAGCUGCAGCAGCUCAAGAACAAGGAGAAGGGCAAAGAGAGUGCCGUGGCCAGCACAGAAGUGAAGAUGAAGUUACAAGAAUUUGUCCUCAAUAAAAAGAAGGCGCUGGCCCAUCGGAAUCUGAACCACUGCAUUUCCAGCGACCCCCGCUACUGGUAUGGGAAAACGCAGCACAGUUCCCUUGACCAGAGUUCUCCACCCCAGAGCGGAGUGUCGACCUCCUAUAACCACCCAGUCCUGGGAAUGUACGACGCCAAAGAUGACUUCCCUCUUAGGAAAACAGCUUCUGAACCGAAUCUGAAAUUACGGUCCAGGCUAAAGCAGAAAGUGGCCGAAAGACGGAGCAGCCCUCUGCUACGCAGGAAAGACGGGCCAGUGGUCACUGCUCUAAAAAAGCGUCCGUUGGAUGUCACAGAUUCCGCAUGCAGCAGCGCCCCAGGCUCCGGACCCAGCUCACCCAACAACAGCUCCGGGAGCGUCAGCGCAGAGAACGGCAUCACGCCCGCCGUCCCCAGCAUCCCGGCGGAGACGAGUUUGGCGCACAGACUUGUGGCGCGAGAAGGCUCGGCCGCUCCACUUCCCCUCUACACGUCGCCGUCCCUGCCCAACAUCACGCUGGGCCUGCCUGCCACCGGCCCUGCUGCUGGCACGGCGGGCCAGCAGGAUGCCGAGAGACUCACCCUUCCCGCCCUCCAGCAGCGGCUCUCCCUUUUCCCCGGCACCCACCUCACUCCCUACCUGAGCACCUCGCCCUUGGAGCGGGACGGAGGGGCAGCGCACAGCCCUCUUCUGCAGCACAUGGUCUUACUGGAGCAGCCGCCGGCACAAGCGCCCCUCGUCACAGACUGGUAUCUUUCAGGCCUGGGAGCACUGCCCCUCCACGCACAGUCCUUGGUUGGUGCGGACCGGGUGUCUCCCUCCAUCCACAAGCUGCGGCAGCACCGCCCGCUGGGGCGAACCCAGUCGGCCCCGCUGCCCCAGAACGCCCAGGCUCUGCAGCACCUGGUCAUCCAGCAGCAGCAUCAGCAGUUUCUGGAGAAACACAAGCAGCAGUUCCAGCAGCAGCAACUGCACAUGAACAAGAUCAUCCCAAAACCAAGCGAGCCGGCCCGGCAGCCAGAGAGUCACCCAGAGGAGACGGAGGAGGAGCUCCGUGAGCACCAGGCUCUGCUGGACGAGCCCUACCUGGACCGGCUGCCGGCACAGAAGGAGGCGCACGCACCAGCUGGCGUGCAGGUGAAGCAGGAGCCCAUUGAGAGCGAUGACGAAGAGGCAGAGCCCCCUCGGGAGGGGGAGCCGGGCCAGCGCCAGCCCAGUGAGCAGGAGCUGCUCUUCAGACAGCAAGCCCUCCUGCUGGAGCAGCAGCGGAUCCACCAGCUGAGGAACUACCAGGCGUCCAUGGAGGCUGCCGGCAUCCCCGUGUCCUUCGGCAGCCACAGGCCUCUGUCCCGGGCGCAGUCCUCACCGGCAUCUGCCACCUUUCCCGUGUCUGUGCAGGAGCCCCCCACCAAGCCGAGGUUCACGACAGGCCUCGUGUAUGACACGCUGAUGCUGAAGCACCAGUGCACCUGCGGGAGCAGCAGCAGCCACCCCGAGCACGCCGGGAGGAUCCAGAGCAUCUGGUCCCGCCUGCAGGAGACAGGCCUCCGGGGCAAAUGCGAGUGCAUCCGCGGACGCAAGGCCACCCUGGAGGAGCUGCAGACGGUGCACUCGGAAGCCCACACCCUCCUGUACGGCACAAACCCCCUCAACCGGCAGAAACUGGACAGUAAGAAACUUCUAGGCUCGCUCGCCUCCGUGUUCGUCCGGCUCCCCUGCGGUGGUGUUGGGGUGGACAGCGACACCAUAUGGAAACGAGGUGCACUUCGGCAGGGGCGCCCGCCUGGCCGUGGCUGCCGUGUGGAGCUGGUCUUCAAGGUGGCCACGGGGGAGCUGAAGAAUGGCUUUGCUGUGGUCCGCCCCCCUGGACACCACGCGGAGGAGAGCACACCCAUGGGCUUUUGCUACUUCAACUCCGUGGCCGUGGCAGCCAAGCUUCUGCAGCAGAGGUUGAGCGUGAGCAAGAUCCUCAUCGUGGACUGGGACGUGCACCAUGGAAACGGGACCCAGCAGGCUUUCUACAGCGACCCCAGCGUCCUGUAUGUGUCCCUCCACCGCUACGACGAUGGGAACUUCUUCCCGGGCAGCGGGGCUCCUGAUGAGGUGGGCACAGGGCCCGGCGUGGGUUUCAACGUCAACAUGGCUUUCACUGGCGGCCUGGACCCUCCCAUGGGAGAUGCUGAGUACUUGGCGGCCUUCAGAACGGUGGUCAUGCCGAUCGCCAGCGAGUUUGCCCCGGACGUGGUGUUGGUGUCAUCGGGCUUCGACGCUGUGGAGGGCCACCCCACACCUCUCGGGGGCUACAACCUCUCCGCCAGAUGCUUUGGGUACCUGACGAAGCAGCUGAUGGGCCUGGCUGGCGGCCGGAUUGUCCUGGCCCUCGAGGGAGGCCACGACCUGACCGCCAUUUGCGACGCCUCCGAAGCAUGCGUUUCUGCCUUGCUGGGAAAUGAGCUUGAUCCUCUCCCAGAAAAGGUUUUACAGCAAAGACCCAAUGCAAACGCUGUCCGCUCCAUGGAGAAAGUCAUGGAAAUCCACAGCAAGUACUGGCGCUGCCUGCAGCGUGCAACCUCCACGGCAGGGCGUUCUCUGAUCGAGGCUCAGACCUGUGAGAACGAAGAAGCCGAGACGGUCACCGCCAUGGCCUCGCUGUCCGUGGGCGUGAAGCCCGCCGAAAAGAGACCAGACGAGGAGCCCAUGGAAGAGGAGCCGCCCCUGUAGCACUCCCUCGAAGCUGCUGUUCUCUUGUCUGUCUGUCUCUGUCUUGAAGCUCAGCCAAGAAACUUUCCCGUGUCACGCCUGCGUCCCACCGUGGGGCUCUCUUGGAGCAUCCAGGGACACCCGGCGUACAACAGCCACGGGAAGCCUUUCUGCUACCCAGGCCCACAGGUCUCAAGACGCACAUGCACACCUGGGCGUGGCAGCCUCACAGGGAACACGGGACAGACGCCGGCGACGCGCAGACACACGGACACGCGCAAGCCAAGCACACUCUGGUGGGUCCCGCGAGGGGCGCCGUGGAGGAAAGAAGCCUGUGGCGACAGGCGGCCGAGCUGCCGAAUUCAGUUGACACGAGGCACAGAAAACGAAUAUCAAAGAUCUAAUAAUACAAAACAAACUUGAUUAAAACUGGUGCUUAAAGUUUGAUUAUUACCCACAACUCCACAGUCUCUGUGUAAACCACUCGACUCAUCUUGUAGCUUAUUUUUUUUUAAAGAGGACGUUUUCUACGGCUGUGGCCUGCCUCUGUGAACCAUAGCGGUGUGCGGUGGGGGGUCUGCACCCGGGUGGGGGAUGGAGUGACCUUUAAAGAAAACAAAACUGGACAGAAACAGGAAUGUGAGCCUGGGGGAGCUGGCUUGAGUUUCUCAAAGCCAUCGGAAGAUGCGAGUUUGUGCCUUUUUUUUUAUUGCUCUGGUGGAUUUUUGUGGCUGGGUUUUCUGAAGUCUGAGGAACAAUGCCUUAAGAAAAAACAAACAGCAGGAAUUGGUGGGACAGUUUCCUGUGGCCAGCCGAGUCUGGCAGUGCUGGCACCGCGAGCUGGCCUGACGCCCCAAGCACGGGCACCAGCCGUCAUCUCCGGGGCCAGGGGCUGCAGCCCGGCAGUCCCUGUUUUGCUUUAUCGCUGUUUAAGAAAAAUGGAGGUAGUUCCAAAAAAGUGGCAAAUCCCGUUGGAGGUUUUGAAGUCCAACAAAUUUUAAACGAAUCCAAAGUGUUCUCUUCUCACACGUCACAUAACGAUUGAACAUCUCCAUCUGGUCGUGAAGCAUGUGGUAGGCACACUUGCAGUGUUACGAUCGGAAUGCUUUUUAUUAAAAGCAAGUAGCAUGAAGUAUUGCUUAAAUUUUAGGUAUAAAUAAAUAUAUAUAUGUAUAAUAUAUAUUCCAAUGUAUUCCAAGCUAAGAAACUUGAUUCUUAUGAAAUCUUGAUAAAAUAUUUAUAAUGCAUUUAUAGAAAAAGUAUAUAUAUAUAUAAAGUGAAUGCAGAUUGCCGAGGUCCCUGCGAAUGGAUGGCUCUCAAGGUGCUUAUGGAAAGGGAUCCUGAUUGAAAUUCAUGUAUUUUCAAGCUCCAGAUUGGCUUGAUUUCAGAUCGCCAACACAUUCGCCACUGGGCAACUACCCUACAAGUUUGUACUUUCAUUUUAAUUAUUUUCUAACAGAACCCCUCCCGUCUCCAAGCCUUCAUGCACAUAUGUACCUAAUGAGUUUUUAUAGCAAAGAAUAUAAAUUUGCUGUUGAUUUUUGUAUGAAUUUUUCACAAAAAGAUCCUGAAUAAGCAUUGUUUUAUGAAUUUUACAUUUUUUCUCACCAUUUAGCGAUUUUCUGAAUGGUAAUAAUGUCUAAAUCUUUUUCCUUUCUGAAUUCUUGCUUGUACAUUUUUUUAACUUUCAAAGGUUUUUAAUUAUUUGUUUUUAUUUUUGUACAAUGAGUUUUCUGCAGCAUAUGGAAUUGUUGCCGUCAGAGUUUAUUUUCAGAAAGUGAGAGGAGGGACCGUAGGUCUUUUUGGAGUGACACCAACGAUUGUGUCUUUCCUAGUCUGUCCUAGGAGCUGUAUAAAGAAGCCCAGGGCUCUUUUUAACCUUCAACACUAGUAGUAUUACGAGGGGUGGUGUAUUUUUCCCCUCUGUGGCAGGGGCAGGGAGGGUCGCUUAGGAUGCCCGGCCACCCUGGGAGGCUUGCCAGAUGCCGGGGGCAGUCAGCAUUAAUGAAACUCAUGUUUAAACUUUUCUGACCACAUCGUCAGGAUAGAAUUCUAACUUCAGUUUUCCAAAGACCUUUUAAGCAUGUCAGCAAUGCAUGGGGCACACGUGGGGCUCUUUACCCGUUUGGGUUUUUCCACUGCAGCCACAUGGCCAGCCCUGGAUUUUGGAGCCUGUGGCUGCAAGGAGCCCAAGGACCCUUGUUGCCUGGUGAACCUGCAGGGAGGGUAUGAUUUCCUGAUCAGGACAGCCAGUCUUUACUCUUUUUCUCUUACAGUAACUGACAGUCACGUUUUACUGGUAACUUAUUUUCCAGCACAUGAAGCCACCAGUUUCAUUCCAAAGCGUAUCGGGUUCAGACUUGUGGCAGAAGUUCAGACACACCGUGCUCAGGAGGGACCCAGAGCCGAGUUUCAGAGUUUGAUAAAGUUUACAGGGUAGCUUCUGAAAUUAACUCAAACUUUUGACCAAAUGAGUGCAGAUUCUUGAAUUCACUUGGUCAUUGGGCUGCUGACAGUCAGCUCUGAGACAGUGGUUUGAGAGCAGGCAGAACGGUCUUGGGACUUGUUUGACUUUCCCCUCCCUAGUGGCCACUCUUUGCUCUGAAGCCCAGAUUGGCAAGAGGAGCUGGUCCAUUCCCCAUUCAUGGCAUAGAGCAGUGGCAGGGCCCAGCUAGCCGGCUCUUCUGGCCUCCUUGGCCUCAUUCUCUGCACAGCCCUCUGGGGAUCCUACCACCUGCCCUCUUACCCCGCCAUGGCUUAUGGGGAGGAAUGCAUCAUCUCACUUUUUUUGUUUUAAGCAGAUGAUGGGAUAACAUGGACUGCUUAGUGGCUAGGUUAUCCAUGGGGAGACUAAAUUCUAAUCUCAUUCAAAUGGAGACAUCCUCUGUGCAAAGACCUGGCAGGGGGAGGCACGUUUCAUCUGUCAGCUCACUCCAGCUUCACAAAUGUGCUGAGAGCAUUACUGUGUAGCCUUUUCUUUGAAGACGCACUUGGCCCUUCUCCACAGCAAGUGUCUGGGCAGAUGGCAGAGGAUCUGCCUCGGCAUCUGCGGGCAGGACCCCAUCAGGGAGGGUUCUUUCGUGUGCCCUCCCUGUGGGUCCUUGGACCUUUAGCCUUUUUCUUCCUUUGCAAAGGCCUUGGGGGCACUGGCUGGGAGUCAGCAAGCGAGCACUUUAUAUCCCUUUGAGGGAAACCCCAAUGACGCCACUGGGCCUCUUGGCGUCUGCCCUGCCCUCGCGGCUUCCUGCCGUGCUGCAGCGUGCCCACGUGCCCACGCCCCACCAGCAGGCGGCUGUCCCGGAGGCCGUGGCCCGCUGGGACUGGCCGCCCCUCCCCAGCGUCCCAGGGCUUCGGUUCUGGAGGGCCACUUUGUCAAGGUGUUUCAGUUUUUCUUUACUUCUUUUGAAAAUCUGUUUGCAAGGGGAAGGACCAUUUCGUAAUGGUCUGACACAAAGCGAGUUUGAUUUUUGCAGCACUAGCAAUGGACUUUGUUGUUUUUCUUUUUGAUCAGAACAUUCCUUCUUUACUGGUCACAGCCAUGUGCUCAUUCCAUUCUUCUUUUUGUAGACUUUGGGCCCACAUGUUUUAUGGGCAUUGAUACAUAUAUAAAUAUAUAGAUAUAAAUAUAUAUGAAUAUAUUUUUUUAAGUUUCCUACACCUGGAGGUUGCAUGGACUGUACGACCGGCAUGUCUUUAUAUUGUAUACAGAUUUUGCACGCCAAACUCGGCAGCUUUGGGGAAGAAGAAAAAUGCCUUUUUGUUCCCCUCUCAUGACAUUUGCAGAUACAAAAGAUGGAAAUUUUCUGUAAAACAAAACCUUGAAGGAGAGGGGGGGGAAGUUUGCGUCUUAUUGAACUUAUUCUUAAGAAAUUGUACUUUUUAUUGUAAGAAAAAUAAAAAGGACUACUUAAACAUUUGUCAUAUUAAGAAAAAAAGUUUAUCUAGCACUUGUGACAUACCAAUAAUAGAGUUUAUUGUAUUUAUGUGGAAACAGUGUUUUAGGGAAACUACUCAGAAUUCAGAGUGAACUGCCUGUCUCUCUCUUGAGUUGAUUUGGAGGAAUUUUGUUCUGUUUUGUUUUGUUUGUCUCCUUUUAUCUCCUUCCACGGGCCAGGCGAGCACCGCCCGCCCUCACUGGCCUUGUGACGGUUUAUUCUGAUUGAGAACUGGGCGGACUCGAAAGAGUCCCCUUUUCCGCACAGCUGUGUUGACUUUUUAAUUACUUUUAGGUGAUUUAUGGCUAAGAUUUCACUUUAAGCAGUCGUGAACUGUGCGAGCACUGUGGUUUAAAAUUAUACUUUGCAUCGAAAGGAAACCAUUUCUUCAUUGUAACGAAGCUGAGCUUGUUCUUAGCUCGGCCUCACUUUGUCUCUGGCAUUGAUUAAAAGUCUCCUAUUGAAAGAAAAAGAAAGCGAACAGUUUUUGUUUGUUUGGUUUUUUUGCUGUGUGUGCUCCAUAGUGGAGGCGCUAUUUUCCAAUUGAUGAGAAUGACAAACAUAUAUAAUCUAUCUAUCUAUCUAUCUAUCUAUCUAUCUAUCUAUCUAUCUAUCUAUAAAGGGGGCUUGAACCUUACUCACCCAAGAGCUUCUUACGGAAUGUGGUAGAAAACCAAGUUGUAACGACGCUGUAACCUACUUGAUGCCUGUUCGCGCCCGGCGUGAGCUCCGCACUGGCCGUGGCCACCAUUCGCCUCUGUAAUUUAAUCCGUUUCUCUUGGAUUGUCUGGACGUGCCCGACGGUUCUUUCUUUUGCUCAGUGGAGUUGGAGGUUUUGUGUUUGGUUUUCUCAUUCUUGUCUUGUUUUGUGUGGGUGGAUUUUCACUGACCAAUGAUAUCCUCUUCUGACGGUCAACUUCUUUCCACUUCACUGGAGUCCAGUAUUCUGUACCACAUCACGCAAUGUGUUACUCUUGUGGUGUAAAUAAAGACUGCGUUACUUGCCCUCCCA